GAAACGUAUAUGGAACUCAGGUUUAAGUGUCCGUAAAUAUGGUUUAUCGGCAUACAGCACCGCCCACUCGGUCGCUGGCAUCUAUAAUGACUUGUUACGUACAAACGGCAGAGUUGAGGGGCUAUGACGGAGCCCGUGCCCAGCAAAGCUUAAAAUAUUUACUGCCCGCCUUUGAGAAGGGGUGGGCAGCCCCUGCACUGAAGCGCCGUUUCCCAGCCCCCCCGGGGUUCAGGGCGCACUGGUGCGGCCCCUCCGCCGAGCCCCGCUCGCUCGGUUCUUUGGUGGUUUUCAGAAGCGGAGUCAACUCUGGGAGCCUGGUCCCCGCAGGGCAGGGCUGGGCAGCGCAGGGACCCCGGAGCUGCCCCUGCCCGGGGAGGGGGCCUCUGGCAGAGGCUGGGGGUCCCGGCUCACCGCAGAUUCGGGGUCGGGCCGCGCUGCCACAUUUAUCCAACCCACAGACCAAGGUCCCUCCAUCUGGCCUUUCCAUCCCCAGCCCAGGCGGGAGUCCCGCCUCCCUCUCUGGGUGCCUCCGGGCCCCCGUGCGACGGCCCCGAUCUCCCCAGCCUCUGCUCCACGCCGCGGAGGAUCCGGUGGGAAGCAUCCAGAGGCCCAGGCACAGGGGCGAUGGCCCGGGGGUCCCGGCUGACAGAGGCCGAAUGGCCCAGCACUGCCCGCUGCUCAGGGGUAACCCCUCCACGACCCCCAACGCUUGGCACCCUCAGCUGCCAAGUGGUCGCCCUUGUAACAGGCGCAGCGCCAGCAGUGUUGGAAUUCGUUUUUCUCUAGUUCGGAACUUCUCUCCCUGAGAUUCCCUCUCCCCUCCCAUUUCUCCCUUGCUCUGUUCUUAUUUGGGGGGAAUCUCCUGUUUGCUGUCCAUCGUCACUUGUUGGUUUGAGAUACCGCAAAUGUCUUCUCACUGAGGAUUUGGCGUGGGGUGCCUUUGGCCGAACAGAAACCCCAUUAUAAUCAAUUGCAAAGUCCUUCCGAAUGACUGUUCCUGGUUCCUAAUAACUGUUUGCAUUAUUUAUCAAAUGCAAAGUCCAGUCCUAAUGACUGUUUCUGGUGUUCAUCCCUUCCCUUCUCCUCAGUCACAACCAGAAUCAACCAUACAUCUAUUAAGUCACAGUUUUGCCAUCAGGGGCACAUGCUGAGUGGGGCACUACCUUGAACCAGCUUUAUCUU